GGACCUGAAAUCGUGCACGUUUCAAAAUUUUAUAAAGAAGCCAUCGAAGGGAAAUACCUUAGCAAUAUAGCUACAGAUGCCAAGACUCUGUACGAAACGUUUCGGAAAGGCGCAAAAGUUUCAAACAACGGCAAAUGUCUGGGUUGGCGUGAAAAUAUCAGUAAACCGUUUCAAUGGAUCAACUACAACGAAACCUUAUUACGCGCUCGAAAUUUCGGCUCUGGUCUGAUGGGCCUUGGUCUACCGAAAUCUAACCAAAUUUUCAUCGGGAUUUUCAGUCAAAACUGUCCGGAAUGGAUACUAACCGAACAGGCCGCUUACUGUUUUUCCAUGGUGAUCGUACCGCUCUACGACACAUUGGGCCCGGAAGCUUGUUCGUUCAUCAUAAACCAAGCCGAGAUAUCCGUGGUGGUGGUGGACACGGACGAGAAGUGCAACCAGCUGCUGGACCGGUCGCCGAAAUGUCUGCGGCGUAUAAUCGUGGUGCGCGGCACGCGGCCGUCGACCAACCAGAAGGCUAGAAACCGCGGCGUGGAGCUGCUGACUUUCGACGAGGUGGAGAAGGCCGGCACGUCGAGAACGCAUCCGGAACAGCCACCGAAACCCGCCGACUUGUGCACGAUAUGUUACACUUCGGGUACCACGGGGCUGCCCAAGGGCGUGAUGCUGACCCACGGCAACGUAGUGGCGGCCGUCAGCGCUAUACUGAUCCAACUGUCGCAGUACAGGCCGAACGUAGGCGACGUGAUGAUCUCUUACUUGCCGUUGGCUCACAUGCUGGAGAGGUGCUGCGAAAACGGAAUGUAUCUGGUCGGAGGUUCGGUGGGCUUCUACAGCGGUAACAUCAAGUUUCUGGUCGAAGAUAUGAAGGUCUUGAAACCGACCAUAAUGCCCAGUGUACCGCGUCUUCUGAACCGGAUCUACGAGAAAGAAAUGGCAAAUAUAGUCCCGUGGUUUUUCAAACGUACCAUGUUCAACAUGGCGCUCCGAUCGAAACAAAAUGAAAUUAAAAAAGGUAUAGUGCGGAAAAACAGCAUUUGGGACAAGUUGGUCUUCAGCACUCUGCAACGGAACAUGGGCGGACGGUUGAGAUUGAUGAUAACGGGUUCAGCCCCGUUGGCCGGUAACGUUUUAAAUUUCAUGAGAUGUGCUCUCGGAUGUCUAGUAGUAGAGGGAUACGGUCAAACCGAAUGUACGGCACCCAUAACGCUAUCGAUCCAAGGCGACAUGAACACAGAACAUGUGGGACCACCCGUGGCUUGCAACCUGGUUAAAUUAGCCGACGUGCCAGAAAUGGAAUAUUACGCAUCGUCCAAUCAAGGAGAAAUUUGUGUUAAAGGGUCAAACGUUUUCCAAGGAUACUUUAAAGAUCCGGAUACCGUUACGUUUGAUGAACACGGGUGGCAUCACACUGGAGACAUUGGAAUGUGGCUUUCGAAUGGAACUCUUAAAAUAAUUGAUCGUAAGAGACAUAUAUUUAAACUCUCUCAAGGUGAAUACAUUGUUCCUGAAAAAAUUGAAUCAAUUUAUCUUAAUAGUCAAUAUGUAAAACAAGUAUUUGUCCAUGGAGAAUCUUUAAAGUCGUGCAUCAUAGCCAUAGUUGUGCCGGUGGUGGACGUUAUCAAAAGUUGGGCGCAGGAGAACGGCAUAUCCGGCACGUUGUCGGUUCUGUGCGCGAACCCCGAGGUGAAAAAGCUCAUCAUGGACGACAUGAUCGCUUGGGGCAAAGAUGGCGGUCUGAAGUCAUUCGAACAAGUGAAAGACAUCUACCUGCACCCGGACCCGUUCUCUGUGCAAAACGGACUGCUGACGCCGACAUUGAAAAUGAAACGUCCGCAGGUGAGGUCGUACUUCGCGCCACAGAUCGAAGACAUGUACGUUAAGCUGAAAUGAAUGGCCAUCCGGCGGACAUGUGCCCGGCCGUGUUGUAUACCGACACUGCAGCUUUAGUGAUUAUAUAUUUAUAAAUAUGUAUAAUGUAUUUGUAUCAAUCUAUUUAUUCAUGUACACGUUCACUAAUAAAAUAUACUAUACGGAUAUUGCA